UUAAUACGUGCCCAUUCAAACACGUUGCAGUGUCAUUUUCGGACACGGUGUCAUCAUUUUGAAUAGAAACCAUUGAAAUAAAGUGUGUAUAAUGAGUAAAUCACUACUAAUUUGAUUGAAACACUUUUAUGACUAUUUAAUAAACUGGAUUCUGCUUUAAUCAGCCAAAAACUAUGGAUGAUUGUAAUAUUUUUACGUACACUAACAAGGAUUUCAUAAACGAUGUUUGCUUGCCAAGUGGACAUGAUGGACAUCAGACCAGGUCCAGAUUUGACAUCGCUCUGCGGUCCGGAUGGACGGAGAAGAUGAACGCCGGGUUGUUCCGGUACCACCUGGGUGAUUUGGAAACAAGGGUGCUUCCUGGUUCGUGUGGCUUCAUCGCUCAGCUGAACAUCAUGAGGGGCAUCGAGAGACGAAAACCUCAGGAGAUCCUGACCAUCAGACAGAACUUUGAUCCAAAGCAGUUCAAUUUUAACAAGAUCAACCCCAAAGAACUGCUGUUUGAGUUACAGAAAGAAAAUGAAACCACAUCUGAACAGAACUGUCAUCAAAAUGGUCUAAAACAGACGUGUAAAAUCAUAAUAAACGUGAGUCCAUUGGAAUUUGGGCACUGUCUGCUCGUUCCAGAACCAAGCCGGUGUUACCCGCAGAUUUUGACUCCUCUGGCGGUCCAAAUAGGGAUUGAAACGGUUCUGCUGAGUGCUGAUCCAGGUUUCAGGGUUGGGUUCAACAGCAUGGGUGGAUUUGCAUCUGUUAACCAUCUACAUCUCCAUGGUUAUUACCUAAACUACCAAUUGAGAAUUGAAAGCUCCCCAUCUGAGCUAAUCCUCCCUGAGAAUAACCUGUACUGCCUGGUGGACUUCCCAGCUGGGUUUUUGUUUUACACCCAGGGUCCAGAUCUGGAUUUAACAGUCAGUGCUAUAUGUAAACUCGCCGAUAUUAUGGUUGAUAAGAACAUAGCACACAACCUCUUCAUCACUCGAGGCUGCCCUCCAAACAGGCCAGUUGACCCAUUUAACGCCCGAAAGGGGGUGAGGGUCAUCGUCUGGCCCAGAUUGUCCUGUUUUGGGGCAAAAGAAGAGUCUGCCUUCAGUGUGGCCCUGUGUGAACUUGCCGGACAUCUUCCCUUUAAAAACAAAGAAGAUUAUGAAACUAUCACUGAGGAUGGAGUCAAAGCAAUCAUCCAGAAAUAUUUACUGUCUGAAGAAGAGUUCAGUGAAUUGCAAAAGCAUGUCAUUAAGAAUUUAUAGAUAGAAUUUGAAGCUCAGA